CUGGUCUACGACUCUAGAACAGGCAUUCAUCCUCCUCCUCCAUCUACUUUCUCUCUCUUCAAAGGAGGGAGAGGAAGCAGAAAUUCCCCACCGGCGGUGAAGACCCACCAUGCAAUUGAAACCCAUAAACACCUUCACCGUCACGCUCAUGUUGUUCUUUAUCUUUUUGGUCCUCUCCCUCUCUGGCAUCCUCCAGUUCCCUUCUCUUUCUACCUCAAUUCAACAAUUUAACAACCCAGGUCCGUCAAAGAUCGAAUCCACACCACACCCCUUUACUGACUUGUUGGGUGCGUUCAGGAAAUGGGAUUCGCAAGUGGGUUGUGUCCGGUUCAGGGAGAGGUAUAGGGAUUUGAUCCAAGCUGGGGGUAAUGGGUCUGCGUCUUUGCAGGAAAUUGGGGGUGAUUCGGAGUGCGGUGGGUUGAAAAUGAAUCAUGUUAGUGUUUUGGUGAAGGGGUGGACUUGGAUUCCGGAUAAUUUGGAUAAUUUGUACUCUUGUCGAUGCGGGUUGAGCUGUUUGUGGACCAAAUCUUCGGUUCUUGCUGAUAAACCUGAUGCACUGUUGUUUGAGACGACAACGCCUCCGUUGCAGAGACAUAGUGGAAAUCCACUCCGCAUAUACAUGGACCUAGAGGCUGGCAGGAAGCGGUCUGGUCAGGAGGAUAUAUUUAUCAGCUAUCAUGCUGAAGAUGAUGUUCAGUCAACCUAUGCUGGUGCCCUCUUUCACAAUGGUCGAAAUUAUCAUGUGUCUUCUUAUAAGAAAAAUGAUACACUUGUUUAUUGGUCCUCAUCACGAUGCCUUCCCCAAAGAAACCGGCUUGCUAAGAGUCUCCUUCAGCUGUUGCCUCACCAUUCAUUUGGGAAGUGCCUGAACAAUGUUGGUGGCCGGAACAUGGCUCUUACUCUAUACCCUGAGUGUGCCAAUGAUGCCAGUGUUACCCCUAAAUGGUGGGACCAUUUACAUUGUGCCAUGUCCCAUUACAAGUUUGUCCUUGCUAUCGAAAACACAGUGACAGAAAGUUAUGUGACAGAGAAGCUAUUUUAUGCUCUUGACUCUGGUGCAGUUCCUAUCUAUUUUGGUGCUCCCAAUGUGAUGGACUUUGUUCCUCCACAUUCAAUCAUAGAUGGAAACAAAUUUAGCUCGAUGGACGAAUUGGCUUCCUAUGUUAAGGAACUUGCAAACAACCCUGUAGCUUAUGCUGAGUAUCAUGCCUGGAGGAGAUGUGGCGUAUUGGGUAACUAUGUAAAAUCUCGUGCAGCAAGCCUUGACACAUUGCCAUGCCGGUUGUGUGAGGCAGUUAGUAGAAGAGGUGGAAGAAAUGCAGGAGCCUAGUUAAUUUUUUCGGUUUUGUACUGCUAAUUUUUGAUCCCCUUUGUUAUUGAUUAUUCCUGAAUCUCAUGUUUUAUAUAGGUUUUUAGUUGUAAACUAGCUAGAACCACGUGUACAAGAAAAAGGAAUACAAACAUAUUAAAUUGAUCUUGUGCUCUUUUUUUUUUUGUUUUUUUAAAAUAAGUUAUCAAGGAACGG